AUGGCGUCGAAGUUGGAGUCUUCGGGUUUUGAGGUCUCUAGUGUAGCCUCGACGAAUGGCGAAGUGACUCUCCCGAACUUGUUGCGAAGAGAGCAGACCAACAUGUCCGACGUCUUGGAAACCGCAGAGACCAGCGAGUCAACUAGCACGUUAAGUCGAAUAUUUAGGCGAUCAGGCAAGUUCACGAAUGCGCAAGCUUCGACUGCGAACGAAGAGAGGGAGAAGAACCAUCUCAACAACUGUGAGCUAUGUCGAACCAAGGGGCCGAGGCCUCAUACCGGCCACCACGCAUUCUCCUCUGUCAGGACUUCCGACGGCUGUGAUGAGCAGUUCGACCCCGAACUCAACGACGAGAAGUCGAUUCAUGGAAUGAUUAUGUCCACGAAACCUCUCGUAGGCGAGGACGGCGACACGCCCCAAUCCUCCAGCGACGGCGGCCGUAGGUGGAAGGCCACGAUGGCUAUCGGCGGUAUGGUAUGUAGCAAUUGUUCGAAAGGCAUUACUAUGCAACUAGAGAAGAAGCAAUGGAUCACCAAAAUCUUUGUCUCUGAGAUUUCGCACAGCGGAGUCAUCGAGUAUAUUGGAACCAAGGAUGAUGUCAAUCAAAUUAUCGAGAUCAUCGAGGACACUGGAAAAGAUGCCGAACUUGUUGAACUAGUCAACAUUGACGGCGGUGAGAAUACGGCAUCGCAACGAGAGAGAACGGUGGAGAUCCGCAUCGAAGGCUUUUACUGUGAUCACUGUGCCGACCGAGCGACUAAUAGUCUAGGGGGGCUUCUUCAGGAUCUAAAAGUUAUCAGGAAGCCUACCCGAAAGAAUCCCAUCUUGAAGAUCUCCUAUGUUCCUAUAGUCCCGAGUUUCACGAUUCGACGUAUCCUCUCGACCAUCGAGGCAAGCGACUCGGUAUUCAAGGCCUCGAUUCAUCAUCCACCCACGAUAGAAGAGAAAGCGAAGCAGUUGCAUGCCAGUCAUCAGAGGCAGCUGUGUAUGCGUGCCUGGUUCACGACCGUCGUUGCAAUUCCAACUUUUAUCAUCGGCGUGGUAUACAUGAGCCUGGUGUCUGAUCAGGAUAUGGCCAAGAUGCACCUCAUGGAACCGUGGACAUCCGGAAUCAGCCGAGCCCAGGUGGCUCUUUGUAUAAUGGCGACACCUGUAUACUUCUUCGCAGCGGACAUAUUCCAUCGAGCCGCCGUGAUCGAGAUUAAGAGUAUGUGGAGAUUUACGAGCCAUACACCCAUCCUGCAGCGUUUUUAUCGAUUUGGCAGUAUGAAUAUGCUGGUAUCGUUAGGCACCACUAUCGCAUACAUUUCCUCCAUCAGCCAGAUGAUCGCCGCGGCUGUGGAUCGCCCUCACAUGGUCAACGACGCGAAUUUUUACUUUGACUCGGUGGUCUUUCUCACGUUUUUCUUGCUUUGGGGGAGAUACAUCGAGGCAUACAGCAAAUCGAAGACGGGAAACGCCGUGGAGGCCCUCAGCAAGCUUCGCCCUAGUACCGCUAUACUGAUUGAAGACAUUACCGACAACCAGGAGACUUCCAAAGUUGUCGAUGCCGAUUUACUAGAGUUUGGCGACCUCGUCCGUAUUCCUCACGGCGCUUCGCCUCCCUGUGAUGGGAAGAUCGUGCUGGGCGAGUCUACUUUCGAUGAAUCGAGCUUAACGGGAGAAUCCCGCCCGGUGAAAAAGGUCGCUAAUGACGACGUCUUCGCGGGUACUAUCAAUACGGGUUUCCCGAUCUUAGUGCAAGUUACCGGCGCCGCUGGUCAAUCGAUGCUUGACCAGAUCGUCAACAUCAUAAGAGAAGGCCAAACCAAGUCCGCGCCAAUACAAAAAUUGGCCGAUCAGCUCACCGCAUACUUCGUCCCGUUUAUAACUUUUAUCGCCAUCGCCACUUGGCUGAUUUGGUUAUCCAUUGGACUAGCUGGUGUCAUCCCAGACCAUUUUCUCGAUGUAUCGUCGGGGGGGUGGGUGGUAUUUUCCCUACAGUUUGCUAUUGCCGUAUUUGUGGUCGCGUGCCCCUGUGGCCUUGCCCUCGCUGCUCCCACGGCGAUCUUUGUCGGGGGUGGCCUGGCUGCUAAGAAUGGUCUGCUAGUUAAAGGGGGUGGCGAGGCCUUCGAGAAAGCCAGUCGGAUCGACUGUGUCGUCUUCGACAAGACGGGCACGCUCACCAUGGGUGGCAACCCUACCAUCACCGACUCCAUGAUCUUUCCUGAGCAUGAACCCAGCGAGAUGCAGCAGAGCACGUUGUUAGCUGCGUUACGCGCUAUCGAGGAAAACAGCAGUCACCCCAUUGCCAAAGCUAUUGUCUCGUUUUGCAGCGCCCGGACACCCGAGCGUGUGGAAGUCACCAAUGUGGAAGAGCUGCCUGGAAAGGGGUUGAAGGCGAUGUACAGAGCAGGCUCUCCACCGGAGCUUUUCGACAUCCUGGUCGGCAACGAGACGCUCAUGCGGGAUUUCGCCGUCGCCAUCCCUCCCCCCAUUGCCACGAGCCUGCAGACGUGGAAGACGGAGGCGAAGUCCGUCGCGCUCGUUGCCCUCAGAAACGCUAGCGAGUCUACUACUUCCUACAGCGUUGCGGCUGCCCUCUCGAUUUCCGACAAAAUACGACCCGAAACCCCGGCGGUAAUCCAGGCUCUAAAAGCAGGCGGCACAGACGUGUGGAUGCUAUCAGGCGACAACGCGACAACGGCGCGAGCCGUCGCCCUGCGCAUCGGGAUCCCCGAAUCCAACGUGAUCGCCGAGGUGCUGCCCGCGCAGAAGCACGAGAAGAUAAAGUGGCUGCAGUCGACGCUCAAAGCGCGCCGAGGCAACACCGUCGAACUAACCUCGCGCCGCGCAACCAUCGCCAUGGUCGGCGACGGCAUCAACGACGCCCCCGCCCUCAGCACCGCGGACGUCGGCGUCGCCAUGGGCUCCGGCAGCGACGUCGCCAUCUUCUCCGCGGACUUCGUCCUCGUCAACAGCAACCUCGCCUCCGUCGUCGCCUUGCUCGAUCUCAGCCGGCUGGUUUUCAACCGCAUCAAGCUUAAUUUCAUCUGGGCGCUCGUGUAUAACUUACUGGCGGUCCCCAUCGCGGCAGGGUGUCUUUAUCCAUUGGUGGUGGGCGGGACGCAUGUGCGGCUGCCGCCGGUGUGGGCGAGUCUGGCGAUGGCGCUGAGUAGUAUCAGUGUUGUGAUGAGUAGUCUUGCGCUGAGGUGUGGGGUUAGGGGCGUGGGGUUUAGGGUUAGAGGGUUUGGUGGCGAGGGGAAUGGGGAGAGGGAGGAGGGUGUAUAG